UUAAGGGUAUUAUAUGUUAUUUUCAGAAAUCAAAGGAUCAAAACGAGAAUACUAAAAAGUUGGAUUUUGUGGGGGAGCUCAUUUCUUACGAACCCUAAGCUAAGCUAAUCGUCUUCUUCCUCUCGUUCACAAACGCGGUCGCCAUUGAUUGAUUCGCACUUCGAAAGAUGGAAAGCACAAGGCCAGAAGAUCCAGAGAUUGAUGACGACUUUAGUGAAAUCUACAAGGAGUACACAGGUCCUGUGACCACCACCACCAUUGUCCAAGAAAAACCUAAACUUCCUGAAGAUAAAUGUGAUGAAGAAGAAGAGCAGCAGGAGCUCCCUGAUCCCAACUCUGUACCAACUGAUUUCACCAGCCGAGAGGCUAAGGUUUGGGAGGCUAAGUCCAAAGCCACUGAGAGGAACUGGAAGAAGAGGAAAGAAGAGGAAAUGAUCUGUAAGAUAUGUGGAGAGUCUGGUCAUUUCACUCAGGGAUGUCCAUCGACGCUUGGUGCCAACAGAAAGUCUCAGGAGUUCCUUGAGAGGGUGCCGGCUAGGGACAAGAACGUUAGAGCUUUGUUUACUGAUAAAGUUGUGGAAAAGAUUGAGAGCGAGACCGGAUGCAAGAUCAAGAUUGAUGACAAGUUCAUUAUCGUCAGUGGGAAGGACAGGUUAAUCUUGAGGAAAGGUGUGGAUGCUGUUCACAAGGUUAGAGAGGAAGGCGAGGCUAAAACUUCUUCUGCCUCUCACAGGAGCAGAUCCAGGUCGCCUAGAAGAACUUCUGUUGGUCCACCACCUCCACCGCGUGCUGCUCGAAACCCUGAACCUCAGAGACAGCAGCACAUGCCGCUAUCACAUGGUUCGUCAAGCUUCUCAGAGCGUUCUGGAAGGCAGGAUAAGUUUGUGGAUAAUCGUGUUCGAGAGGAGAAUCGUGUUCGUGAGAAUCAGCGGAUUGCUUCCAGAGGAUCUCCACAAGCUUAUGGUAGUGACAGAGCUCGGAGUCGUUCCACACAUUCGAAAUCCCCAGGGAGGCCACGUUAUAGUGGAUGGGAUAAACCUUAUGAAAAGCAAAAGUAUGAGGUGAGUGGUUACAGGUCUGAAAGAUGGGAACAAGAGAGAAUGGGUGGUGCCUCUGGCUCCAGAGACAUUCAGAUGAGUCAUCAGUUUGAACGCCCUGCUUUCCCUCAGAGUUUAGAAGAGCUAGAAUUGGAAUACACAAGAGAUGUGAUGGAGCUUGCAAAGAAACGCGAUAAGGAAGAAGACGAGGAGAACAACAAGCAUCGUGAGACAAUGCGGGAACUGAGAGAGAGUUACAUGAAGAAACUAGCUGGGCUAAGGGGUAUGAACGCUAAACAUUGGGAAGAGUUCCUUCAAGUAGAUGCUCAGAGACGUCAGGAGCAGCAAGCAAGGCAGCAGCAGAUCGCUGGUCAGAGUUAUGGUAGUAGUAACUAUCGACAGUUUCCUUAUGCUGAGUUUGAUGAUGGUUACUCUUCCAAUCCUCCUCCUCCUCCCUAUGCUGGAAACAAUGUGCCAAUGGAUUCUGAAGGAAGAUAUCCUCCUAACCAUGUAAAAAACUAUCCUUCGAGGCAUCAAGACAACAGCAACUAUGGUGGGUUCCAACGCCAGAGGCGGGAAGACUAUGGGAAAAACUUCAACCGCUAUUAGACCAGAGUGGUCAGCUCUUGUUUGGGUUUUGCUGGAACUGGGUUACUACAAACAGGUGCGACAGAGGUUUGUUAAGCAACUCUUUUAUCUGGCAAGGUUGAGUUUAUAUCAUCUGUAUCCGUGCAAUGAGCACCGUUAACUGUUAGAUAUUAUGUUUCUCAUUUGGGUUUGUUGUUUACAUUUCAAGAGAUAUCUUGAGAGUAGCUAUAAAACCAUUUUCAUUGUAAACACAAGAUUGUUUUUACAAUUAGCCAUUAUAUCUUUUUAAGA